AUGGGCCCCACUCCGUUACUAACAUUCGUCGCAAAAGGCUGGCUUAGGACGUUCCCCGCAAAAAAUGAUCAUAUAUUCGAGAUAAUCCCCGUGGACUAUGUUGUCAACCUGACGUUAAUAGCCGCUGCUAGACAAAACAAAUCAAAAGAACUGUCGAUAUAUCAUUCGUGUUCUUCUGGCGACAAUCCGCUCACGUUAUUAGAUGCUACAAACGAUUACUUAAAAGAGAGUUCGAAACACAAUCACAACGAAAUACCUUAUCCUGGCAUAGUUUACACAUCGUCGACCUGGCUGUAUAUGUUAAUAGGAUUCUUGAUGCAAACGAUUCCGGCUUACAUCGCUGACUUCUUCUUGAUUAUGUCUGGAAAACCCAUCAGAUAUGUAAAAAUGGUGAAGAAGAUGGAAAUGUGCAUCGAUACUUUAAAAUACUUCGGUUCGUCGUGGUCGAUGAAAGCGAACCGAGCGCAGGAACUAAUAGCAACACUAAGUGAUCAAGAUAAGAAGAAGUUCUCAUGUAACCCUCGGGAUAUUGACUGGGAACAAUACAUGGCCACUUAUUUCCACGGAGUCAACAAAUUUUUAUUAAAAAACAGUUAACUAAGACUAAAAACGAUAUACUCAAUAUGUAAGCGGUAAACAAGUUUAUUUAUAUUUAAAAAAAAAAAAAUACAUUACUUUUACUAUUGAACAUUUCUAUUACUAUUAGUAAAUUUCUAAUUUUUUCUGUGAUACUUUUGACUUUAUAAUCUUUCUAUCUAUAAAGAUUUUAAUUUUGAAAUUAUUAUUUUUUUAGUUUUGUAAUGUUAAGAACAAACUUGUUGUUAUUUAUUGUAAAUAUUGUCUCGAUAUUGUAUGUUAAUUAUUGUUAAUUGUAUUAUAAUAGUUAUUAUUUCUUUAUAAUUACGUUUUUCGUAAGAAAAUCGAAUUCCUGAAGAAAACAACUAUACUCAUUUUAGAAUUAGGAUCAUUCCAUUUUCUACAAUGGAAAGUUUUAAAAUUGUA